AUGUCCAAAACAUUCACCCCCGCCGAGGUGGCCUCUCACACGACCGCCGAUGCGGGCUUCUACAUCAUUAUCGACAGCAAUGUCUACGAUGUAACCAACUUUAUCGACGAGCACCCCGGCGGUGCAAAAAUCCUUAAGCGUGUAGCGGGCAAGGAUGCCUCAAAGCAGUUCUGGAAGUAUCACAACGAAACCGUGAUGAAGAAGUAUUCGCCCAAGCUAAAGAUCGGCGAAGUCAGGGAGGCCGCGAAGCUGUGA